AUGGGUGGAAACGUAUUGCGUUUGCAGUAGUGAUACUACGGUAGCAUCCAAGGGGUGAACACACGAUGCGUUGAUAGAGGUAGCUAGUUCUCCGUGUAAAUCAGUUGUGUGCUGACUUCUAUUUUAUAUUUUUGGGGUGUGGGGGGAAGAAUGAAAGAGGUCUUCCACCAAAACGGACGAAAUCAUGAACGGCGCGGUAUAUAUUUCGUUUUUUCAAGGUCAGCUGGAAUCUGCACUAGAGCAAGUAGUACAACUCGCAGUCCAGGAAAUAACGAAGAGUGUUGGGUCAAGCUUGAAUUCUAUGUUAAUGAAUACGGCCGUCAAAGAACAAGAAAACCAAAGACUAAAGUUAAGGCUUCAAUCACUGGAGUUUGAAUGUAAUGGGGUAGAAAAUGGAGCCGCGUUCAACGGUGGCAGGGAAGACAACGCGGCAACGGAUCGAACAAAGCCCGAGACACACACCUUCAGCCACAGCACAGAGCGCGGCGUGCACGCAAACACUCAAAGACUGGAUCAAAAAGGACGAGUAGUGGGUCAGCUAAAGAUGGUCAUGGAGCAUGUGCUGGAGUUUGCUGUGUGCGAGCUGACCAAAAUCGUGGAGGCCAGUUUCGAUGACCUGCUCCUGGAGAUGACCAAGAAAGAGUGGGAGCACAGCGCUCUGGAGGAGCAGUUGCGCCGUGUGGCUCACCGGGAGAACGGGAGGGGCGGGGUGUCGAGGAGGAGUGGGUCGGAAAACAACACAGCAUUCCCCAGUGGCUCAGAGGACACCCGGCAGGAAUCCAGAAACGUCACAGUCAAAAUUGUCCGGGGACAAAGGGAGCAAACGGAGACAACAAAUGACAGUGACAAGCAGGCUGUCUUGACCGUAGCCCAAGACUGGGUCCCCAUCCUGGACAAGGUUUUUGGGCAGAAGUGGUGCAGCGACCUGUGGCAGUUCAAAGAGCUGGCUUCAGGGAAGGAGGGCGAGGAGAGGACCGGGGGAUCUGGGUUGGGGAUUGUGAGCUCCUUCCCCAGUCUGAACGCCCUGAUCCGUGAGAACCUGGAGCCCUCCCCCACCAGCCUCCUGCAGGACCCCCAGUGGAUGCCUCUAGAGGACAUGGAGGUCCUCUCCUCGACCUUGGACACUCCGCAAGACCCUCCUGCUACCAUAAGCACCACAGCCACAGUUGAGGAGUCCCUCAGGUCUCCGUCGAUGCUUCACCGGCUCCUCACACUCCCCGCUCAGCUCCUAGAGGAAGACGAGGACGAGAACACCAUGGAAACCAUCCCCCUGCUCCCUGAAACUUCACCUGGCAGAGCAGCUGUGCGCCGGCAAAACACAGAAUCGCCUAACCAGAGCUGCCCAUCUCCUCCCAAGAAAAAGGUUGCUGUUUCACAGGAGGAGGAGGAGGAGGAGGAAGAUGAAGAGAAGGAAGACAAAGGGACGACGACGCUGGACUCAAAGGUGAAGACCGUGCCUCUCAAAGGCAGGAAGGCUCACGAGUGUAAAGAAUGCGGCAAGAAGUUCAGCCGGGCGCUGCUCCUGAAAGCUCACCAGCAGACUCAUAUCACCACAGCACUGGCAACGACGCCAGCGAUUUGCUGCUCAGAGUGCGGGAAACGCUUCUCCCAGGCAUCCCGGUUACAGGCGCACCUACGAACACACACCGGGAAAAAGUCCUGAGCCGAUGGGAAUGGGAAGAUUUGAAGCAAAAAAAUGAGAAUUGGAAUCGAAAAGUCGAUCUUCAGUCCAUAUCUCACAAAUAGCCAUAUCAGUAGCAGGAUGGUCACCGGAAUUCGAAUUCAUACAUUUGAGUUCACUUUAAGUACCUUAUAAGUUGGGAAUCAGAGGCAUUUUUUCAUGUUGCUGAUUUGAAGGUACCGUUUUGCUGACUGCUGUAUGUUUCUUAAUUUUUACCAUUUUUAUUUUAUUUCUUAGAUGUGUCAACAAGGUAAAUACUUUGUAGUCAUUUGGGAUUGGAUCUCGCUGGUAGUAGUGGUUAAUAUGUAUCGCCAGUGUACAUUCUGUACAGCAUGGGACAGUGUCGCUCACAACAAGCAAUGAAGUGCUCUUUUUAUUUUUCUCAAUAUACUUUUCUACAUUUUUGGAAUAUCAAACUGGUCUCUUUGUGCUUUAUUUCACAUCAAGGUUAUUUGCUACACCAGAGGCCAGAAUCUAGGCUUUUGUGGACUGCAACUUUAAUAAACAUUACACUGAUUUGUAAGAAUUGUAUCUUUCAGUGGCAGAGGCGUUGUCUCAAGUCGAAUGUGAAUCACAACUUAUCUUUUUUCCUGUGCUACUAGCAGUGGCUCACUUUCAAAGGGCUUAUGUGCCCGGGGUAAAGGGAGAAAGAUACUGCUGGAGUCAGUAGCAGAGAUAAUACCUUUAUUUUGCUUACCUCUGAAUAUGAAUCUCUGUACAGAUGGAAAGAACCUGGUAUUCAUCUUCUUUACCUUCUUCAUGCAAUUCACUAUUUACAGUCCUCACUAGACAGUAUUUUUCUUUUUCACUCAACAUAAAUACCUCUUCAAAAACACUCUCAAAUAAUGUUUGAAAAAGGUAUUGUUACAUUGGUAGCCCUUUUUGUUUUUAUAAAGAACCACAGAUUCAGAACACAAUCGUGCAAUUUACUCCUGAAUCACAAGAGUCUGCAGACCUCUGCUUGAUGACUAACACAAGCUGUGUGACAAUGACAUAUCACAGUGGUCCCUCUUGGGUUUUUCCACACCCUAUCUGUGUGCCCUGGAAGGACCAUUCCUGACACAAGUCUAAAGAUAAUCGCCCUCGUGCUGAUUGUGGAGGCUGGGUUUUCUCAAGUGUUAUGGGAAGUAGAGAAAUACCACAUUGAUGAAACACACUUUCUGGUUUGUUUUAUAUGUCUUGUUUGAGCUCCGGAUGAGUCAAAUGGAUGUGGAGCAUCUGAUUGGACAUCGGGAAUAUUGUUUCUGCUCAUAUGGCCAUGCCUAACAGAAUACUAUGUCGGAACAUAAAAUAUUGAAGGGAGGGGCCAUUCAAAUAAGGGAGGGAUGGAUGGAUGAGGAAAGAUGGGGUGGGGGGUUGAGGUGCAGGGUUGUAUAGACUUUGGCGAUUUACUGGUGUUUGCAGGAUUGCUCUUUGCCUUUCUACAGAUAUCUUUUGGGAGGCAAACACUUUAAGAUUCCUUAAGUAUCGUAGCGUCUUCCCAUUUUGAUUGUGCUUUGUCUCUUGUAGAUGUCUGCAGCUUGUAGUGCUGAGCGAUUAGUGCUUUUUGAGGCCUGUUUAGUUUCGGUUUGAUUAUGAAAAAAUAGUCACGGUUUUCGGUUUAGAUUAUAUAUAUAUAUAUUUUUUAAAUGUUUUAUGCAUUGUGGGUUGAAUGCUGUAACACAGAAUAAAAAAAUUA